AUGCAACAGCGCACGAUCAAAUACCACAUUUCGAAGCCGGGCGAGCAAGCGACGCCGCUGCAGGGCUUCUACGCCGACAUGCUCGCGCACCCGCUGCACCAGACACCCGCCGCCACGCGCACGGCGCCCGCGCCGCCGCCGGCCGACGAGCUGCCCAAGACCACCAAGGAAGAAACGCUGGCCAAGGGCCGCAUCGUGUUCGGGUCGCGCCUGGCGGGGCCGACGGAGCGCAAGGAGAAGCGCAACGCCGGCAGCAAGAUGAUCGCGGGCGUGCGGGUGCCGCCGAAGCCCGAGGAGCCCGACAACUGCUGCAUGUCGGGCUGCGUCAACUGCGUGUGGGACGUCUACGGCGAGGACCUGGACGAGUGGGCCCAGGCCACGACCGAGGCCAAGGCGCGCAUCAGGGCGCAGGAGACGGAAAAGCGGCUGAAGGGCCAGGGCACGGGCGCCAUGUUGGCGUCCAAGGGCACGCCGACGCACGUUGCGAGCUCCAUGGAUGAUGAUGGCGGCGGAAGCGAGACGAACUGGAGCAUUGAUUUGGGAGAGCUGGGCGAGCUGGGCGACGCGCAGCCCGAGAAGCCGAUCGAGGAGGAGCUGUGGAAGAACAUUCCCGUCGGUAUCAGGGAGUUUAUGAAGACGGAGAAGCGGUUGAAGGAGCAGCACGCUGAAGAGGAAGCGCGUGCUUGA